GCAAUGUUGAGCAGUCUGGUCUGAAUUGAUCAUGUGACAGCGUUAGGAAAGCUGCACUGUCGCGGAAUACCGAAACAUCAGGCGCAUUGAAGUGUUUCUACAGCCCGAGAGGUAGCCUUUAAGUUAACGCAGUCUCAGGAUCUCUCCGUAAACCGCUGUUCUAACUUACCCCGAGAAGAGCUCAGAUGUCAGCGGUCGAAUGGCCUCGAAAUAACGUAUAACGUUACUGAGGCAGGAACAAUUUUCGAGGGCAAACAAAAACAAAUCUCAGCGGGCAUGCAGGAGUUUGAGCAGUUUAAGGAGUUUUUUUUACCUUUGUAGACGAAGUGCAAAAUUUAUUUAUUUAUUUUCAUCAUAAUUUGUUGUAUAUUUAUUUGUAAUCUAAUCAACAAAUGGUUGUUCGAAAGAUAGUUUGGCAAAAGUCUUUCUAAAAAAGAGAAUCAUCGCAACAUCGAAGCGGGAGUUCACUGCGGCUCAGUGCGCUGGUGUGCGGACAAGUGACGAACGAGGGAAUUCGUUUAAACGUUCGGACAACUUUUGGAAGCUGUGAUAUAUUUCCCUUCUUCAUAAUUGGUUUUCCCGAUUAUAGGCAGCCUUUUAAAUAUGGUGGGGGAAAUGGAAACAAAGGAGAAGCCCAAGCCGACUCCCGACUAUCUUAUGCAGCUUAUGAACGACAAGAAACUGAUGAGUAGCCUGCCUAACUUUUGCGGGAUUUUUAACCACCUAGAGCGAUUGCUGGACGAAGAGAUUGGCCGGGUACGGAAGGACAUGUACAACGACACGCUGAACGGCAGUACAGACAAAAAGACAUCGGAGCUCCCAGACGCAGUGGGGCCUAUCGCUCAACUGCAGGAGAAACUUUACGUCCCUGUAAAGGAAUAUCCAGAUUUCAACUUCGUGGGGCGAAUCUUGGGGCCCCGGGGCCUAACUGCCAAACAGCUGGAGGCAGAGACCGGCUGCAAGAUCAUGGUGCGGGGCAAGGGCUCUAUGAGGGACAAGAAGAAGGAGGAGCAGAACCGGGGUAAGCCCAACUGGGAGCACCUGAACGAGGAUUUGCACGUGCUCAUCACAGUGGAGGACUCUCAGAACCGUGCUGAGAUCAAACUGAAGAGAGCUGUGGAGGAGGUGAAGAAGCUCCUCGUGCCUGCUGCGGAAGGUGAGGACAGUUUGAAAAAAAUGCAGCUGAUGGAGCUCGCCAUACUCAACGGCACGUACCGAGAUGCCAACAUCAAAUCACCAGCCCUGGCGUUCUCUCUAGCAGCUACUGCCCAAGCUCCCCGCAUCAUCACCGGCCCCUCCCCCGUGAUGCCCACCGCAGCCCUGCGCACACCUGCCCCUGCAGCUCCCACUCUAAUGCCACUCAUCCGACAGAUCCAAACCUCAGCUAUCAUGCCCACAGGCACCCCUCAUCCCGCCGCCACCUUGGUGCCUCAAACCCCUGAUUCGGGCAUCAUCUAUACUCCGUAUGAGUACCCCUACACUCUGGCCCCUGCCACCUCUAUCCUUGAGUAUCCCAUCGAUUCCAGUGGUGUAUUAGGUAUGGCUUUCCCAACAAAAGGUGCUGUGACUACUAAAGUACGAAGGCAAGAUAUGCGCGUCCAUCCUUACCAAAGGGUAGUGACCGCAGAAAGAGCCGCCACCGGCAACUAACCAAUGACCCUAUGAGCUCUCAACUCUUCACCCAAUGAUGACCUGACCAUUGCCUGUCUGCUGACCAGUUCUCUGGCGCUCCUCCUUCGCUUGUCUGUACUCGCGGCCUGCCGGUGAGCCGGGAAACAGCUUUAAUUCGCUUAACACAGCGCAGAAGCGGUGACGGCCCCACUACGCCACCCAGCCACCCCCUGAACUCAGCUGCCCACUUCCACAAACUGAGGACCUCCAUGGUCAGGUGAUCUAGUCUCCAUAAUCUGCACUGAAAAGUCAUGAAGCAAUAAUACAGUCUGGAACAACACGUACAAUUCUGUUACCAAUCUUAUUCUCACUCUCUGUCUCUCACACACACACACACACACACACACACACACACACACACACACAUGCACACAAGCUCACACACACGUACACACACACACAAGCACACAUUCACUUUUACAGAUAGUUGUUAUAAUAGACAGUGGGGAUUGAGCAUUAAAUUGACACUUUGCCUAAGUUGUUGUGGGGACCACACUGCAUUGAAGCAAUGUGACGGUAGUUGUGUGUGUUUGUGGCAUGCUUGUGUGGGAGAGGAUUAUGAAGAUGAGAGUGAGAAAGCAGGUUUUUGAAGAUGUCUCAAAGGGAAAAGUUUGGGGGUGGGGCUUGUUAAAAGCCAUGCUUGCUUCGGCGUCUUGUCCACAAACAAUAAUAAAUACGGCCCAAGAUGAGAAUAAUAAUAGCACUGAACACACUAAUUAACACAUUUUUUGAUAUGAGGGUGCUGCAAAAAAUGACUAUAUUUUUCAGAAUAGAUUCUUUUUGUAUGGAACAACAGUAUUGUCAAAAUGUGAAGAACAAAGAAAAACAUUUAUUUCUUUACAAUGAUGGAGAGAUUUAAGAGACCAAAACAACGUCUUUUUUAAUCAAUAACUUUAAAAGUGCCUUAUUUUACAUAUGAUCAUUGAAUAUGAUAUCCAUCAGUGUUUAUGGCAGCAUAUCAGGUAUAAUUUGUAAGUCUCUCCAUAUCUUGGUAAUAAUGGGAGGAGUACAAAAAUACACCGGUUACAUUCAGAGAAUAGUUUUUUAUUCUGUUGUUUUAGCUUAUGUACUCUGACAUCAUCGCUUGCCAAUUCUGAUUUACACUUGUGCCAUCUGUUACCCUAUAUAUUGGUUUCUUUGUGAUACUCACUUUGGUUUUCUCUAAUGUGUAUAGACUAAAAGUGUAAUAACUGUUUAUAUCUUCUAUAGUAUCAUUGGCCACACAAGUAUGAAGCACAUGUGAACACAGGCUUUACACAUCAACGCUAUGGCUUUCCACAAUGGGCACUUUACAUAUCAAGACUAGGGCUUCCCACAAAGGAAACUGUUACACAGACUUUAAGAGUUAGUUAUCAUUUGGUCACACUUUCUGCAUGAAUUAACAAUGGAAGUUAAAUUCAGUAAUUCUUAAGUCUGCUCCAGGUGAAAUGCCUUGUUUCUGAAGGUCGUUUUUUUUUCCUCAGUAUUCCACAAUUAAGAAGUGAACUGUGAAAUCAUACUUGAUACAGAUGACAUCUCAAAACUAAAACACUAUGCAUUUGACUUAACAAGGUACAUGAAUAAAACUUCCUUUAGUAGGUCUUCCAGACUACUGAGCCAAGGUCAAGAAUUAAAUGGAAACUUCAGUCUCAAGAAAACAAACAAACAAAAAACAAUCGAGAACACAUAGGUUGAUUUUGGUUUUAUGUUCUGUAACUCAAUUAACAAAGAAAAAAUUUGCUGAUACUUGUCAUUUGUAUGUAAUGUCAUCUAGGUUUUCAAGGCCUAUGGGAAUUUCCACAGGAAAAUAUCAUACAAAUACAUUUGAGGUUUUCUAAUCCAACAAGCUUCUCAACUUCUCAGUUAACUGGAGUGUUGGGUUAUAGGGUGUUACUUUCAGUUUAGCCUGUUUUUUUUUUGUUUUUGUUUUUUCUUUUCUUUUCAUCAGCAGUAUUAUAAGUAAGUGUGUGUGUGGGGGGGGGGGGCAUGUGUGGGUAUGCAUGAGUGUUUAGGGUGUGUGUGUGUGUGUGUGUGUGUCCAGUGUGAUAUCAUGCAUAUGACAUACGCCUAAGAACUGCAGAUCCCUUUUUAAAGCAGUCUUGUUUUUUUUUUUUCCAUUGGAAAAUGUAAGGUCCUAUUUAUAACCAUUGUAACAACUAUAUAAUGUAUUUUUCUAUCAUAUUUUGUAUGUAUGAAAUAACAUUAAAUCAUGUUUUCUGAUAUGAACUCUAUGCCUUAUUACAAAAUUUAAUAUUUGAGAGAAUUUAUUUUCUGUCAUCCUGAUUUUUGUAAAAGUCCAUAGUAACGCUACAUUCACAUGUUACUUGCAGUGAGGACAAAAUGCCAAUGGGGUUAUUACUAUUUUGAGUUAUGAAACAAUAUAAUUUAAUACCCAGCAUAUGUUUCAACCAUUGCGGCAGUGCCCAUUUACUGUCAAAUGCAAUUUGCUGGGGCAAUUAGUUUGUUUUCUGUUUCAAUGUUGCUUGAUUUCUGUGCCUUUUCAUAUAAAGUGUGAGCUAAUAACUAUUUUAGUUUUUAUAAUCUGAUUAAUCUUUUCUUGCCUCUUUUACUAACAUUUAAGUAUAUAUUUAGGAUAACCCCUUCAAUAAUUUUUGUCUGCUUUGAAUCUUUUCAAAACGAAUUGUUUGAAAUUAAGCAAAAGUGUGUUUGACUGACAUUUUAAAGAAUGCUGGACUAAAUUCUGUACUGAAAAAGCAAUAGCAGAAUAUUAAAAUAAUAGUUUUAAAAGAAA